GCAGCUGCUGUGAAACCUCUUCAGUACAUGGAAGCCCUGAUAUUAACUGCACUUGCCACAGAGCUGGAUGGAAAAUGCAAAGCGUAAAAGCAGUCUUUACAGCCCGUCCCUUGACAUUUCUUCGCCUGAGGUCCAGAUGUGAUCAUUUUCAUGCAAGCCAACGUGAACCAGCCCUGGAAGCCAAAAUGUAAAAUGCAAGCCAGGAAUGUCCACACUGUGCGAUAUCCUGAGAGGGUCUGAGAGCAGUGAACAUCUCCACGAGGAAAAAACACGACAGAAGCGUGUUCUGUAUUGUUGGGCUAAAUGCAGUCAACCUACUGGGACGGAUUGCUGUCUAGUUCAAGGAGAGAGAGGACAUGAACUGGGUUUAGAGUACAUCUUCACCCUGUAUAAGUACACCAUUCAGGAAGAAAACUGAAAGACGAAAUAUGAAAAGAAUACACCUGUAAACAACAUUUACAGUCAUAGUGAAGAACCUUUAACGGCUUUGGGAUGUUCAACCAAAACAGUAUGGGAAAUGGAACUGUCAGGGCCCCUAGAAGGGAGGACAGUUGUCUCUCUUCUAGGAGGCGAGAACACUCUUCGGGUGCCUUCAGUAAACUGCAGGAGACUGUACUACUUCUAGAAGAGGAGUUAAAACAAAAAUGGAAAGAACUUCAGGAAAAGGAUGAUAAAAUAAAGCAGCUUGAAAAGGAAUUAGAACUGAAGUCCGUACAGAUAGACAAGCUGCAGGAUGCUAUUGGAUAUAAUAACAUCCAGCUUUCUCCAAUAGGCAGCCAGAAGAAGAAACUUCUAAGUGUCAUAAACCAAGCGCCUGCUCUAUAUAAUGAGAAGGCACCAGAGAUUCAUAGACGUCAGAAGGCAAAGGAAGGUGUCUCAGCAGAACCAACAUCUCGUCAUUACUACAACCCCUCGUCACAGAACAAUGAUGUUACUUGUGUUCGUAAAGAUUCCAGUGCCAAGAAGCUAAUCACUGGUGCCAUCAUGAAUAAUGACUUUUUGAGGCAGCUCGAGGCUUCACAUGUCCGGCGUAUGGUGGAUUGUAUGUACGAACGUGUAUACAGCCAGUCACAGCUUGUUAUUCAGGAAGGGGCAGCUGGAAACCAUCUUUAUGUUUUGGCAGAGGGGUUGCUUGAUGUGAUUCAGAACAGCAGACUGCUCGGACAGAUGCACCCAGGGACUGCUUUUGGGGAACUUGCAAUCUUAUAUAACUGCAAAAGAACAGCUACGGUAAAAGCGGUAACUGACUCUAAAAUAUGGGUCCUGGACAGGCAGGUUUUCCAGAAUAUUAUGAUGAGUUCAGCACAGGCCCAACAUCAAGAAUAUUUUAGCUUCCUCCGCAGUGUUUCUCUUCUAAAAGACUUACCCGAAGAAAAGCUUUCCAAAAUAGUGGACUGCCUAGAAGUUGACUUUUAUGAUAAAGGAGACUAUAUAAUCAGAGAAGGAGAAGAGGGGAACACUUUUUUCAUCAUUGCCAAAGGGAAGGUAUCUGUAACACAAGCAGUGGAAGGAUCUCAGGAACCACAGCAAAUCAAGUCUCUAGGAGUUGGUGACUACUUUGGAGAAAAAGCAUUGAUUAGUGAGGAUGUCCGCUCUGCCAACAUCAUAGCUGAAGAAGAUGACACGCAGUGCCUUGUGAUUGACAGAGAUACCUUCAAUCAAAUGGUUGGGACAUACCAGGAGCUACAGACUUAUCUGCGAGAGUAUGUGUUCCAGCUUGCACUGAAUGACCACGACAGACGCAAUGCAAGACGAAAAAGCCUCCAUCAUUCAAUUUCUCGGGAUAACUCAGAGGUCAACCAGUUGAGGGAGCUGGUUUCCAGGUUUUCCAGUACAUCACCCUUCCGUUAUUUAGAUGUCAUAACAACUCUUGGAACAGGAGGAUUUGGACGUGUUGAACUGGUGAAAUUAAAAGAUGAAGACAUGACAUUUGCACUAAAAUGUAUUAAGAAAAAACACAUUGUAGACACACAUCAACAGGAACAUGUUUACUGGGAGAAAAACAUUUUACAGCAGAUUAACUGUCCGUUUAUAAUCAGGCUCUACAGGACUUUCAGGGAUGCCAAAUAUGUCUACAUGCUUCUUGAGGUGUGUCUUGGGGGAGAGCUUUGGAGUAUUCUUCGAGACACGGGUUCCUUUGAGGAAGUGAUUGCUAGAUUCUGCAUUGGCUGUGUGUUGGAGGCGUUUGAUUACUUGCACAAUCGAGGGAUUGUCUACAGGGACCUAAAGCCAGAAAAUCUCCUGCUGGAUUCCGACGGAUACAUUAAAAUGGUAGACUUUGGGUUUGCAAAAAAAAUUGGACCAGGAAAAAAGACUUGGACAUUUUGUGGGACACCAGAAUACGUGGCUCCAGAAAUUAUCAUGAACAGAGGACAUGACUUUGGGGCUGAUUACUGGUCACUUGGAAUACUCAUCUACGAAUUGUUGACGGGAAGCCCACCAUUUUCUGGAGCAGACCCCAUAAAAAUUUAUAACAUGGUGUUGAAAGGAAUUGAGAAAGUGGACUUCCCACAUCGCAUUGGGCGACGCUCUGAAGACCUAAUCCGCAGGCUGUGCAGAAUUAACCCAGCAGAAAGACUUGGAAAUCGGAAAAAUGGAAUUAGCGACAUUAGAAAGCAUAAGUGGUUCCAAGGUUUUAACUGGGAAGGUCUACGCAACCGUAAACUGAUCUCCCCACUGAAAAGAGAGAUCAAGGGGAUCACAGAUCACAGCUACUUUGACAGUUUCCUCCCUGAAGCUGAAGACCCACCGGAUGAAUUAUCAGGAUGGGACAAAAACUUCUGAAGAGACCUCCCGCUUAAGAGACAUCACUGAUUAUCUAAGACUGCCUUGGAUAUAAAUUACUGCACUUGUCUAACAAGACUAAUGAAUAAAAAAGAAGAUAACAAUCCAGCAAGUAUGUGCUGAUCAAAAAGAAAACUAUUUGAUAUAUAGAUUUUUUAAUUUUAAGCUUUAGGACAAGGUAUUUAAAGUUUUGCCUUUUAUGGUGAUUUUGCAAGAAAUAUGACAUCAAUUUUCCUCUGCUCUUGUAUCUUUAACAAGGCUGCACCACGAUGCUUCAAAAAUGCACAGGCAUUGUAAUGGCAGCCAUUUUGUGAAGUUAUGUUAGCCCAGUAUUUCUCAGGAGUGCUAUUAUUCUCGCUGAAUGGAAUUAUUAAUGAUCAAUUAAGCAUUGCGUAAUUGCUUCCUUUGCUUUCAGUAAGCGGGACUGAUAUUUUAAGUGACUUUAGAAAUCCUUAAAAAUGCUAAUGAUUUUUCUGAAUGUAACGUGAGGCAUUUUUAUUUAGCACCAAGCUAAGAACAAAUUCUUUAUUGUUAAACUGUAAGCAAAACGGUUUCGUAUUUUUUUUUUCUUGCACUGCUAACCUCAUCUAGGGCAGUGAUGGUGUGAACAUCAACAUCAGCUUCAAUGCAAAAAAAAUAUCUUACUCACUAAAGAUUUUUACUGUACCGUCCAAGACAACUUUUUGUGCCAAUAAAGGGUGCAUUAUCAUAAUUAAUAGAAUAAUAGUACUUAACGUUAGAAAAAUAUAACUAUGCUAAUAUGCUCAAUUAAAAAAAAAAUUGUACUAAGGAACCCCAAUGGUAAUUUCCAUUUCAAGGUCACACUAUAUUAUAGAUCACAGGCUGUUUAGAGCAGACUGUAGAAUCUGAAAUACAUUAUAUAUUUUCUUUGAGUUCUCUGAACAUAUUGUCAUCUCACAACCAAAAUAGCAUUUGUGCAUACUAUUAUAUUGAUCGACUCUUUAAAUGUAAAAUUAGUUCACACAGAUUACUCAUUUGUAAUAAAAUGUAUACUAUAAUAAAUUCACACCUUGAUUAGACUCUUUUCAGUACCAAAAGGAUUUCCACAAAGUUAGGCAGUAUUGCUAAAAUUAAGGCAGGGCCGCUACAUUGUCUAGAAACAGUUGUCUUGAGAGUGAGAAAUAUAUGAUGUGAGGGUUUUCACCAAAGAGGGACCACUGAAAAUACUAUGGCCAUCCAUAUAUAUGGAAACUAACCCACAUCCGUAAAGGUGAUACUAUAUUACUCUAUUUUAACUUACCAAAUGUUCAGUUUUCCUGUAAUUGAUGUAUGCAAUGUUACCACUUUGGCCUGGCAAUAUUUUUUCUCACCAAACAGGGCUAAAGCCCAGAUGUCUGUCUACAGCACAAAUUGGGAAUACUAGUAUGGUAAAUGUCAACCAUACAUUAUACAAAUAAUAAUAAUAUAGCUUGGUGAAUUAUUUCUACAAGCACUGUAAAGGGGAAUUGUCACCUCUGAAUUAUUUGCCUAACCCGAUAGCUAUGUAAGAAUUCCAAGCAGUGUUUAUAUUUUUAAUUUGCAUUUUAUUCCUGGCUGUCCUGACACAACUGGAGCAUAAUGUAAAUUCAUUUUAUACAAAUUAACUGAAGAGAUUAUAUGGUACCCUGAUAUUAUAAUAUUUCAGAUAGGGUCUCAAAUGUUAGUAUUCAAGUAGAAAUACAAUUUUAGCCACAUACAGUAGGUGUGGCAAAAAUGGAUAAGUAAAUUGUUCACAUACUUAUGGUUAGUUUUAAAAAUUGCUAGAAAUUCAACCAGGCUGUAAAAUGUCUGUAUAUUAAAAUAUUGCACACACACAGUUAUACAAGAUAUAUAUACAAUAUAUGGACAAAGAAUCUUUACUGUGUACUGCAUAUGUUUAGAGCCUUGAUUCUCUCUAUGGCUGCUGGAAUGCAGCCUACAAGUUUGACUUACAAACAUUGCUGUGGAUUACAGGAUGAGAGAGUGGGUAAUGUCAGUCUCUCUGUAAAUUCAAAAAACAAGAGCAGGGAAAUGUCUUUGCAGGGUAAAAAUGGUGUUUAGCAGAGAAAGCAAGUGGGGCCUUCUUUUCCAAAAUUAUUUUUCUACAAUUAAAUGUUUUCUAAUUAAAAGUACCCACCUAAGUAUAAACGCAAACCUUAAUUUAUAAUGCAUUAGUCCAUAUUAACCCUUAUCUAGCCCAGCCAUGUCAAGUACUCAUUAAUAUGCAUAAACAUGCUAGGUUAAAUUAAUGUAAAACCUCAUUGAUUAUUUUGGCCAAACUCUUAUUACUAUUGUUGUGAUCAUUAUGCUCUGUAUUAGAAAAUGAGGUGUACCCACGCUACCUAGAGUAGAAAAGAGUCACAUAGUAAUUUUUAUUAAUAUUUAACUAUAUUUUAGAAGCAUUGCAAGACCAGGUUAUGUAACUACUGCUCUUUAAAGGAAGUUGAUAUUAAAAUCUCUGUCAAAAUCAUAACAAUAGAGCUAUUUAAUAUGUCAAGCAAUAGGGAGUCUAUUAAGUAACCAGCCUAAACACAUCAAUAAGGGCAGUAUUAGUUUAUGCUCACACAUCAAUCCUAUACCUCAUAUUCACUACUCAUUAUUACAGAACGCUACAGAGAAAUCAAAGAAACACAAAAAAGUUUUUUCCGAAUGGAUGAGUUCUAAAAGGCCAUGUGUAGGUCUCUUGCUUUGAGGGGCCUCAAUCGAUUUGGAAGCCACAAUCAUGUGAUUCUCAUGCAGACAGCAUAUUUACCAAGCAGCAUGCAAAACCAUAUCACCCACACCACAGCCCCUUUCCCAAAUUGUAGCCAUCAACCUACUUCAGCCCUUAUCCCCCCACUACAUUUCCUAACCCCCCAAUUACGGCCCAUACCCUCCACUUCAGCCCCUGUCCCCUCACAACAUCCCCUAACUUUUUAAUUACAGACACUACA